AUGGCUAAACCCGGUGAUGCCCGUAUGGGCAAGAUCCUGGCUUCGUCCGCGACAGGCACAACAUUCUUAAUCAUGAUUCAAUUAGCAUCCAGGAUCUUCACCUUUGCCUCAAACCAGCUGAUUCUGCGCACUCUUUCACCGACUGUACUGGGGAUAGCAGCCCAGCUCGAGCUCUUUCAAGUUUCAAUCCUGUAUUUUUCAAGAGAGAGCAUUCGAAUGGCCAUUCAAAGACAGCCUGUGUCAUCUUCAUCCAAGAGCAAAAAUCACGGUCAAGCAAAAGAUGCAUCAUUAGACACGCAGUGUAUGGCAUCUCAGGCAGUGGUGAAUGUGUCUUAUUUGAGUCUUGCCCUUGGUGUUCCCGCAACUCUCUUUUUCACCAUACUAUAUCAGUGCUUUGUGUCAGAUGAAGCUUCAAAUAUCGCUUUUUUCCGCCUCAGCGUGGCAAUCACCGGCCUUGCAGCUCUUAUAGAGCUCAGCAUCGAGCCGUUUUUUGCGGUGGUGCAACAACAUAUGCUGUAUGAGAAGCGUGCUGCCGCGGAGAUGCCAGCAGCAUUUCUUAGGAGUGCUGUAACAUCUGCUGCCUUUAUAUAUGGCUCUCGGGCAAACUAUAACCUCGGUGUGAUCCCAUUUGCUCUAGGUCACCUUGUAUACUCGUUUGCGCUUCUUUUUGGCUAUUCCUUGCUUUUACUGAAGGGACCAGAUAAUAAGCAAUUCUCUUUCUUGUUAACACGCGUGCAAUCCAGUGAUCAGUCAAACUACAUCCUGGGACUCUUCUCACGCCAAUUAACGUCACUUGCUGCUAAUGUAUUUUUCCAAUCUCUGGUGAAACAUUUGCUCACACAAGGCGACACCAUGCUUCUCGCAGCCCUUUCAGGGCUAGAAGACCAAGGCAUAUACUCUCUUGCGUCAAAUUACGGUGGCCUUGUUGCACGUAUCAUCUUUCAACCACUGGAGGAGAGCAGCCGGAACCUAUUCUCAACCCUCAUGAGCCCAAAUGAGAGCGGGAAGCUGAGUGGCAUGCAUAUCCGCACUGCCAAAAAUCAUCUUGUAGACAUUUUGCACGCCUACCAGCUGCUUUCAGUCCUCAUUUUCCCGUUGGGGCCCAUGAUGGUCCCACAGUUGCUGCAUAUCCUAGGAGGUCGCCAGUGGGCUUCCCCGAAAGUUGGCAAUCUGCUUUCCGUCUACUGCUACUAUAUUCCAUUUCUGGCACUCAAUGGAAUCACCGAAGCGUUUGUCUCAUCUGCAGCCAAUCCUCGCGAGAUACGGCGACAAACAGGGUGGAUGGGUGUCUUUUCCGCCUGUUAUGCUGUAGCGGCCUACAUGUUCCUUGAGCUAGGGAAUCUGGGCGCUUACGGGUUGGUCCUGGCUAACAUCGUGAACAUGGCUGUUCGGACUCUUUGGAGUUUCAACUUCAUCACGUCGUACCUCCAUCGGCAUGGAGAACAUUUCCCCGCAAGCGAAGUAGCCAUACGACCUGCUAGCUUCAUCAUCGGAGCUUUAGCCAGUGUGGUCAUGACCCAACAAACACUAGAAAACUCAAGAUUGGGAUUUUUCCGAGCGUGUGCCUUUAGUAGCACCUAUGUUCUUGUGAUGUAA